AUGUCUUCAUCUGGAGGCCCUGGCGACCCGAGCCAUGGCCCUUCAAAGCCAUUCUCCCUCUCUUCCAAACAGAACGGCGCGUCCUCAGGUAAAACCGCGUUCAACUUCCAAUCCAGCCGCAGUCGUCAAGACUCUCAGAACCGCUCCCUCCCACGUCCCCAUCAAUUUGGCCAUGACGAUGAUUCCGAUGAAGAAGAUAAGGCUCCUGUCCAUGAAGCGGUUGCCGGCUUCGAUACUCAUACGGGGGGCGCCAUUACUGCCGACGGCAAAGCAGUGGCCGAAAAAGGCCCACUAGUGAUCACGGUUGCGAGCAAGAAUAACUGGCGCGACAGAGCAGGCACAAAUAUGAAGAGGGGGAAGAAAAAUCUUCUGCCGAAAGAGGUGCAAGCCAUGCGGGAAGCUGAGCGGAAUGGUCAAUCCUACGGAGACAAUGUUGAGGUCGAAGGGCCAAGUAUGGCCUAUGGUCUAAGCUUUGCGAAGAAAGAGAAAGGGCCUGAUGGAAAGGACCAAGACCAGCCGAUGGCUGACGCAAGGCCGGAUGUCGAGGCUCCGGAGCCAACGAAGCCGCUCACGGAGGACGAACUCGCGAUACGGGAAUUGAUCCGGGAGACUAAUGGGGAGGUGGAGCGAAGAACGGAUCUCGUGAUCGGGCCAUCAAACAGAGGAGAUGGAGAGACCCCUCGAUAUGACGAGACAAGCUCUUUCAGAAUGGACUUUGAGACUCGUCCGGAAUCUGCGACGCUGGAUCAGUACAAUGCUAUUCCCGUGGAAGAAUUCGGUGCCGCGCUUCUCCGAGGUAUGGGAUGGAAAGAUGGUCAGUCCGCUGGCCGUGGUAACUAUGGCUCGGAGAAGGGCGUUAAGAAGCCUGUUGUACCACGGCGCCCAGGUUUUCUGGGUAUUGGAGCGAAGGAUUCUUCGGGAGGCAAGGGUGCCGAAACCGAGCUUGGGGCCUGGGGAAAAUCGGCUAUGCGCAAGGCGUCUAGGAAACAGGGCGGGGAGGGUUCCAAAGGCCCCGAUACCGAAGGUGUCUACUUGCCUGUGAUGAUGCGAAGCAAGACCACUGGAGAGUACAUCACCGAGGAAGAGCUAGCAGACAUGAAGAAGAAAGCUGCUGCCCAACCUGAUAAAGACGAAUGGCCGGCCGUCAUUCUUCCCGGCGUUCCCGCUAUGAUGAUGACGACGAUCGUCGAAGAGAUGAUCGUCGGGACAGAGACAGGGAUCAUCGACGAGAUCGCAACAGCGAAAAAGAUUAUCGGAGGGACAGCGAUCGUGAUCGUCGGCAUAGAGAUGACCCAUACAGCAGUUCACGACACUCAUCGGGCUCUUCACGACAUGAUCGGCAUGACCGAGACCGCUACUCCCACCGCAGCCGGCGAGAAGAUUGAACAUUGA